AGGAAGGCGUCGCACCUGUCGCAUCAUAUCUUGCGGAGCUUCGCGUAGUUUUGCUUCCAGGAACAGCGCGGAGCUGUGCGGGUUUUCAUGGCUGCCAUGGACUGAACAGCCGUGUGUGCGUCUCUGUGAGGAGAAAGAGAACCGAAGCAGCUGCGAGAUUCAAAACUUUCUGGGCCUCAGAUUCUCUCCCAAAGCGACUUCCAGUGAGAUUUACACAAUCAGGGUUGGACGGCCACGCGCAAGUCCAUCUCUAAUACGCGUCUUCCUGCAAUGUCGAAGAGUGGCACAUGGCCAGGCAAUGUUGCCAUGGAGCCCUUGAACAAUAUGGACAGUGCAGGGAGCUGUGACAGUGUAAUCAGCACAAACUCGGUCUGGAGCGAGGAUAGUAUGGAGCACCUAUCUGCAGAGGAGAAGGCAUGUCUGAUGUAUCUGGAGGAAACAAUCGAAGCCCUGGAGAUGCAGGAAGACAGCGGCAUAUCUAACGAUGAGCCAGAGCCACAGGAUCAGUUAAGAAGAAAUGAUGUUCCAACUGAAACGCUGGUGUCUGGAAGUCAUGAAGUAUCCGCACCAGCCGCCCACACACCAGCAGAUCGCCCUUUCACCGGAUUAACGGCAGAGCGUGAAGCUGAGCAUCACGCUGCAAAUCAAAACUACAAACCACAACCUGCUUCCUCUCCUGUGGUUGGCGUGAGAGAUGCCAACCACAAAGCAGAUCCUCCGGUCUUUGACGCUCCUGCUGGUUACACAGUUACACCAUCAGACAAAACAACUGAGGGUCCAAAGUUUGAUGGAGAUCCUGAUUCUGGAAAUUGUGCAGAGGCCUCAGAGAGUAAUCUGGCCAUAAUUCCUCCACCUACAGACUUCAUGGAUGAACAAGACGCAGACUUCCUGGAUGAACAAGACGCAGACAUACCACCAGAGACGAUGACCGUGGUGCCCCCACCAGCAAAUGGCUCUACAAAGCAAAAGCCCACUGUUGUCUUGGAGCAGAUGCAUUUGAGAGCCUCCUUGAAGAAAGGUUUUGGAAGCUCUCCUGCUGUUGAGGGGUCUCCAGACAAGACUUCAGAAGUUGCUUCCCUCUUACCCCAAAUGAGUGCCCCAUCUGAGUUUUCAGAGCCUAGAAGUCCACCUGCUGUGGCCCCAAAACCUAAGAAGCUUCCUUCAAACAUCGUUUUAAAGUCACAGAAGACACCCACACCUGUUUCUCAUGGAAGCCCUGGGCAUACGGUGCCGACCCACAGCGAUCGGGUGCUGUUGGACCCUCAGAAGGUUCGAAUGGAGGCCCUCCGGAAGCUCGGGCUGCUUAAAGACAACAAGGAGGAAUCUAGCCCGGUUGUGAGCCCUAAGAUUCCUGUGACAUCUGCUGCGUACAGAGGGUCACAGAGCCACUCUCCCCCGGUCAGUCCUGCUGCUCCUCAUACACCACCCAUAACACCAUCCCCAGUAAAUAGCCACCCUCCAGCACUCGCCGCUAAAACACAUGUUUCAGCCCCUGAUGGGUUUCCGUCAGCUGCUAGUGCAUCUCCUCUCCUCCAAGAUGCAGCCAUCCUCCCAGCACCUGCAGCUUUCAGCGAUGCCUUUGGGCCACCGGGUAACGAACCGCCUGCUGUCACAGAGGCAACCUUCAGUACCCCUUCUAACACCCCGUCUGCACUGCUCAAGCAGCUUACCCCUCCGAAGGUAAGCGGUCUGAAAUCAGCGACCUUGGAGCGCUCUGGUUUGGGGCUGGGCAGCCAGAUGUUUGGUCAAAACUUAUCGGAGAGCGUCAGCGGCGAGCAGGACCCAAAGCACCUGCGCAACACUCGGCCACGACCCGCCUCUCUGGGAAAUGGGCAAGACUUUUCUCGCACUAAAGGGGAAGGUUUGGCGGCGAGUAGACCGCCAGACUCUCAGAAGCCCCUGUCCGCACAGGCCUUCCACAACAGAGAGUCCGCCAAGCUGCCUCGAUCACAAGGCAUCAGCGUGCUGAUCUGCCCCCGCGCAGAGAACGAAGAGGAUCGGCGCGAGGCCCUGAAGAAGCUGGGACUGCUCAGGGACUGAGUCCCAGCCAUCCUUUACAGACUUUAAAAAGAGUCAUAGAGACUAAAUCUGGAUUUAAAACUCUGACAGAGCACCUUAAUUAGGAAUGAAGGAAUUGUUAUCUGGGUCUGAAAUGUGGGUAAAAAUUGACAAACUGACCCAGGCUGGAUUCCAUUUAGCUGUUUUUUAGAUACUUUCAAGGCUUCUUCUGUAUUUAUUAUUAACCAACUCCUGCUGGCUUUCUCAGAAAAUAACUGUUUUGAGGUUGUUUUAUUAAAUGUCUAAUAGUGUAGAGAGUUCUUCCUGCUUGUGCUGAAGCGUUUAUUUGCGCAACUUGAAGAGCAAAUACAGAACGUGAUCGAAAUCACACUACUACAGUUCGGCCCCUGCAAUGCGUAGUCAGUCUGUGGGGUUGCACUUAUCACUCCAUUCAUCUAAAGAUGAUAUAACCAGCAUUUAAAAUGUGUCAUAUUUUGUAUUAAGAAAGAUGUCUGCCCCCAUGUGUCAUGUCAAAGCAGACACUGACGCCCAGGUGCCGUGGUGUGGUUUCUUCACUUUUUUUCUUUUGUUUUGAUGGUGAAAAAACCGGUGCGACCUGUUUUGUCAGCCCUGAUGGAACAUUGUCGCUCCUUACAAUCGCUCGUCUGAGGAACUUGAUCACAGCUGAAAGCUGCUAAAGACGGUAGUUUUGCUCUUUUUCCGUGACUUUCUUUCCUCUUCACUGCCUGCAUUGAAAAUAAAACAAAAAAAUGUGUGAAAGAUACCUUUCCCAAAAACAACAUCACAUUGUUAUUGAUAUCUAGAAAUGUAGUUCCUUGACAUAGUUUUCAUACUGCUGGAAAUGCGUGCAUGUGUUUGUUAAUAUGUUUUGUUGCCUUACAGCCACUAAUUUAACGUAUUUUUCGUUGGGAGUUUAUGUGAUAGAGUAGUACAUAAUUGCUUAAUGGAAGUUAGAAGAUGCAGGGUUUUCAAAAUCUUUAGCAGAUAAAAGAUGGGGAAGCGUGGUGUACAUUAGUAUUUAGCCGCAGGUUUUAAGCCUUUAACAGGUGUUUCUACUAGGAUUACCCAUCGAUUUAGCUCCAUCCACCUGCCAUUCCCAUGCGGUGAUGUGAUCAUGUUCAUGAAUGCGGCAAAGAUGUGAAAAAAUGGCUUGCGGUAAAUACAUACAACUCACAACUUUAGGUUCAUUGCACCCUAGAUGGAAUAAAAUUCAUCAUAUCAUA